CGGAGGCUUCAUAUGGAAUGGGAGGCUGAGGAAACAAGACGACGAAGGGAGGAGGAGGAGCGACGAGUGCGCGAGAACAAGAGAUAUGCAGAGGCAGGAAGAACAUAUGAGACUCGAAGAGGAGCGAGAUGCGAGACUACUAAGGAUAGUGAGAAGUGAGAUGAGAAAAGACAGGGAUGAUGAAAGGGAGAGAUAUGAGAGAAAAGAAAAGGCGGUAGUUAAGACAGGAGGUCGAAAUGAGGCAGCACAGGCUAAGAAAGAGCGAUUGAGAAGGUUGAUUGCAGCGAAGACCAUCGGGUCUGUCACGGAGGAGGACGACGAAGAGUUACUCAUGUUGAGAAUGAUGGCGAUUAAGCUGAAUAUAGCGGAGAAGCGGAAGCGUGAACCGGACGUGGCGGUCAGAAAUAGUCCGCCUCUGGUCACGCCGAAAAAGAGAUCCAACUUGAAGCUGACCGAGGAGUCGAAGACACGAAUUGAGCAACUCAGGAGUGACUUGACCACGGAUACCGGAACGACGAGCACGCCUGGGAAAACCGAUCUCUCGCUCAAGCACAUUUCGCCAUCAUGCGGGAUCGGAGGGAAGGAGAGGUUCGAGCAAGACUGCCAGGAGUUCUACGACGCUUUGACCAUCGACGAACUCAAAGAGGCCUGUCGUAGGGAGAAAGUGACGUAUGGGAAUCGGGAACUAGCCAUAAAAAGACUAGUUAUCCGAAGAUCGGUGGUUGCAUAUGAUCCUUUGAAUAUUCCACUACCAUCGACACUGCGUACGAAGACCAGAAGUGAGAGAGGAGUCAUCAACAAGGAGGUCAAAAAGGAAGACGACAUCUUGGCUAGCUCGGACUCGGAAGCAUAAUAUUCUGAAGAUGAGUCGGAUUGAGGAGUUUGUCGUCGAGACGACUACUUCGAAGUAGCGGAAAGG